AAAACAGUCAUCAGUGCAGUCGCAAACCGAGCAGGCAGUUAUAGUAAUAUUCAAAUCAAGGCUGCUGAACAUUAGGAUCCAAACGCUCGGUCGCGCAGGUUGUGUGUAGUCGGUCUUUCGUUUGAGAAAAUCUACUCUUGGUGGAAGCAAAAUUAUUAUUAUUUAUCUUCACUUGUCCCGUUCAUCACGUUAUCUACUUAUCAGGGAAUAAAAACGUUGUGUGCUGCAGAACGGAGAGAAAAUUGAGGUUUUUGUAAUCGAUUAUACGGGCAGUGAAUUGAAUCGAAGCUUUGUGUAUCCGACGGUGCGCGGUUCGAAUACGAAAAUAAUAAUUGUUCAGUGUGCCACAUUACAGGAAAAGUGACAACUUUGACCAAAUACUGGCAAGGUUUAGUGUUGGAAGCUACCGAAAAAUAUAUUGAUGAAAUUUAUUAUAUUUGCUGGUAAAAGCGAAUCCUCUGGAAACACCGUUCCCUCCAACAGGGCCAACUUGUAGUGAAGUGCAUUGCCACCGUGGUUUAUUUAUUGAUUGAUCUGUGUUUGGAAAUAUCGUCUGCUGCAAGCGAGCUGUCAAAAUCCAUACAAAAUGAACGGAUACGCAGACCUGUCGAGCUCCAUAGAAAACAACCGAAAUUGCCUACGACGAAUCGCCCGACAUGACGAUCAGGAAUUUUCGAACCAAAGUAUUCUCAACGCCAUGGAAAAGUUUGUAAAGACAGUCAAUGCCAUGGAGGAGACUAUACUCGUGCCCUGCCGGCUAAUGGACCGAAAGGUUGGCGACUCGACCGACACAACACCCGUGGAACAGAAGCAACAUUCCCAUCAUCACAUGAAAAAGACCGGUAAAGCGUCCGUGCGGGACGCGCUGAACACAUCGGACUUGUUUAAACUGUACAAUAUGCUGAACAUUGUCAAAGUGGAUUUGCUGUGGGGUCGUCAGGAUGCCGAGGAGGUUUCCGAGUUACCUAACACGACAUGCUCAUCUGCGGUCACGACGGAACUUCAAGACAAAAACGCUGUUCGUUACAAGCAGAAAUCGGCCUCGCCGGCUCCGGUCCAGCAGCCAGCGGCAGUGAUCAGCAACAGCUCAGAACAAGGUCUAACCAGCAGUACAAGUGAUACGACAGGAAACAGCAUAAAGGGUCACAUUCGGCGUCCGAGCACAGUGUCCACAACUUCAACUAACAGCGUAAGCACACUGAGCGAUUGCGAGAGUGAAAUCAGUGCCGAGAAUGAUUCCGGAAUUGAGUCCGAGGGUAGCGUGGAUCAGGACAAAAGCGCCGAGCUGGCCAAACAGUUCCGAACGCACCUUCUAGGAUUGUACCGAUCACUGGAACAGAUGACCGAUGCGGCCAACUAUUUGACCAAUCGGUAUCAAAACGAUGUCGGACCAGUCUAAGAAAGCGUGCGGUUUGUAAGGCCCACCAAACAAAAUAGAGGUAGAAGAUAGACGGAAAAUGUUCCCCCGGUGAUAGCAAAGUGUCCCCGAGACUACACAGGCAAAUGAUCGCGCAGCGCGCGUGCGCGUUGAGGUAUAGGUGAACGUGAAACCAAAUUUCUAUAAAACAAAAAAAAUAAUAUAAAGAAAAUUGCAGAAGCAUGCAUUAGCGGCAGACGCUGUAUGCAUGUACGUCAGCCGAUAUCUUUUGCGUUUCGUACGAUUCCUCUACCGUUCUGUUUAGAUAAGUAUGCGUAGAUGAGAGAGUGAGUGAACGGCAUGAGUGUUUUGGAAUGAUAGUAGAACCCAUUUGCCUUGCGAAUGAGAUACGAAAUGAAAAUGAUGCAGAAACAGACACACACAAAGUUAGUAAAAUAUCAGUAGGGUUUUAAAUAGAUCUGCGAAUGUAUGAGUAAGCCUCAGAUCUCUCGCGCUUGAUGAGCUAGAUGAGUGGUUGGCUUCAAUGAGAACGGCACUCAUGCAUUUGUGCAUUUGUCUCAUUCGCUCGCGCUUAGUUGGUUUCGUUCACAUUAGUCGGUCUCUAGAAUAACAAGGUUGCUGCUAUUUAGUAGAAAGAUGACUAAUCAAUAUUUAAAUUAGCAAAGAAAGUAAACAAGGUGAACUAGAUUAUUUAUUGUAAAAUAACUAAAACUGCGCUGAAACAUUUUUCUUGGAUUAAACGCUUGUGUGCCUGCUUUUUUUUAAUUUGUGCGAAGAGUACGUAUGUGUUAGGUCAUAGCGCAAAUGAGAUAACGGAAAGAAGAAUAAGGCAAUCAGGUGCGGUAAGCUGGAAGGCGACAUGUGUUUUGAGAUUAUCGAAAUCAUUUACACCUACUACAAUGAAAGUAAAGUGAGAAUGUAAUUCAGAAAGUGCCAGCAGAAGACAGUUUAGGUUUAGUGACUAAACAAUGGAAGGAAAAAAUCAGUGAUAUAGUUGAAGAAUGUUAUCUCGAAGAGAGAGAGGGAGAGAGAAUUUGUAGAUACAAUAUCAAAUCAAUGUCAAACAGACGUGUGCGAGUAAGAUAUUUUUGCAAAACUUUGAAAACACUGUAUAUAUUUGUUUUGUAAACAUUAGCGUAUCUCUUUGGGGGGUUUUCUUCGUGACUGGUAGUUAAGAAGCUAAUGAAGAAGAAUACGACGUGUAAACUGUAUGAGCUUUGUACAGCACACUUGAAUUUGGGUGACAUGGUUUCAAUCUUUAAUCUGUUUUCUGCAUAAAGCUUUUAGGUUGAACUUAGUCGUUAUGGUGGCAGUUUAAACUGACUGACUUCAGUUCGUAAUUUGAAAAUAUAAAGACGGGAUGAUAAUAGUCAGUGAUCGCGUUUCUGUAGCAUGAUUUGGUGUUUGCCGUCGAUCUUAUUAUAUGCAAUUUAUCAAAAGAACACCAUUGCAAUGGAAAGUAAGAUGGGAUAAUUGCAUUUGCGGUAUUCAGAGUUUCAAAUUCGUAGGCGAAGUUUCUAUUUAAAUUUUUUACUUUAAAAUUGAUAUUGCCGCCGAAUGAUACUUAUCUCUGCGAGUGUGGCCAGAAAAGAGAUUACAAAGCUCACCUCCUUUUUGUUUCGCUACGACACAGUUGGUAUCUUUCUUGUUGUUGCUUUGUUCCAUCCAAGAUUUCCUAUUUACUGCUUGCAACGAGUCGUACGUGCAUACCAAGCCGGACCACGCCAGUUGCUAUCCAAGUUUAAUUUCCUCGGGCGCAAAGGAUUGCGCAAGUCGGGCUUGAACAGCUCGAUUAGUGCAUCAAAUGUUUCUAAACAUGGGAACACUGCCUAUUACUCAAACAAGUACCUUAUGUACACACUGAAUUGAAACGCUUCUUCAUCAACAGUUACUGUUUGCUUCUUGUUCAGCUUUUAGGGUUUUGCUCAAGGUAGACUUAACAGCUAGUGAUAAGGUUAUUUCAUUUAUUAUAAUUACUUUCCCUUUAUAGGGCUGAUCAGCAAACAAACGUCAUUUCCGACAAAAAAGUGACAGCUAGCGAAAUCCAACUGUGCCGAACCAAAAACUCGCCCUCUUUGCUACGUGAAAAAUAAAAAUCUUUAUCUACUUCCAACACAAUUCAAGUGGAAGUUGAGAAAACGAUGACACGAUAAUCUUUUUAUCUCUCUUAGUUUUCAUUUGACGUGCACAAUCCAGCUCUUGUUGUUCGGCCAAACACUACAACAAUGGACUACGACGACUUUAUUCGUUCGCUAUCCGUUGAGUUGAAAGGGAAAUUGCAAUAAAAGGCGAUUAAGUAAAAUUGGCAGAGGUGAGCGAGUAUGGGGUGGAAAAAAUGUUCAGGGGACGGCAUGCGAAGCAAAUAUUUCAGGCAAGGCUACAGAACCAGAAAGUGAAGUGUUUCAUAUGAUUUAUGUUUAGUGUUGAUGCAUUCCGUUAUCUUUAAUUAACUGACACAUAGAGAAAGGCGUUUUUCUUUUCGCUGCAUUAAAAGAAACAGUAAUAGUCCACAGUUUAUGCAACUG